GACCGCGACGGCCGCCGGUCGGUCGCCGCGUGUCUUGCGCCAGUGUUGCCGCUCCCACCUCGCAGUUAGCACGUCGCGACAACAUGAGUGCUCUAUACGCGUUCCUCUUCACCUCGCUCGCUUUUGCGAAUGCAGGCAUCUUGUUAGAGCAUGCGCCUGCGUGUCCAGAACAGUAUGGAGUCCAGGCGUACGCCCAUCCCGAGCUCUGCGACCAGUUCUUCUUAUGCACCAAUGGAACCCUGACUGUGGAGACCUGUGAGAACGGCCUUCUGUUUGACGGAAAAGGCGCGGUGCACAACCACUGCAACUACAACUGGGCAGUCGACUGCGGAGACAGGAAAGCUGACUUGACACCACUAUCCACCCCUGGCUGCGAGUACCAGUUCGGGAUCUACCCAGACAGCAACGAAUGUUCCACCAGCUACGUCAAGUGUGCCUUCGGGAUCCCCAACCAGGAGCCUUGCACCCCAGGGCUGGUGUACGAUGACCGCACGCAUGGCUGCAACUGGCCUGAUCUGCUGCAGCCCUUCUGCAACCCUGAAGCGGUCGUUGGCUUCAAGUGCCCCACGAAAGUGCCGUCCAACUCUCCCGCGGCCAAAUUCUGGCCAUUCCCAAGGUUUCCAGUACCAGGGGACUGCCACAGGCUCAUCACGUGUGUGGAGGGACAACCCCGACUCAUUACCUGCGAGGAAGGCAAGGUCUUUGAUGACCAGAAUCUCACUUGUGAGGAUCCUGAGCUAGUUCCGCAUUGCGGGCACGCGUAAUUAACUUACAAUUUUUAACUAUUGUAUUGCAAAAUGAAAACGAAACUGUACAGAGUUAAAAGCUGAUUCUAAAAUUUAAAGUAUAAUUUUGUAGUGUUCUCAAUGAACUCCAAUUUUCGCAAUAUUUCAAAAAAUACUCUUUUUCGUGUUAAUAAUUGUUUUCAUACCGCGAUAUCCUACUAUUUAUAGUUAAGUUUUUGCUGCAAGAGGUGAUGUUUCAAAACCGUUUUCAUUUUGCGAUACUGUUUAUAUGUAUUUAAAUUUUUGUAAAUUUCUGGAUUUAUAUUCCACCGAAAACUGUUAAUUUAGUUUCGUGAGCAAAUCACCGAUCUAACCACAAACCUUUGUUGCCAAAUACAGAAUAUUCGUGCGUGAUAUUAGUUACCGUAGAAUUAUAUAUAUAUAUCAUGUUUUGACCACGUGAAAGUCAUGUUAUUAUUAAUAGGUAUAUAUUUUUUUAUAUCUGUAAAUAUUACUGAAAAGAGAAAAUGUAAAUAGAUAAUAUUGUAAUAUGUUGAAAAAUU